GUGGACAGUUGCCGUAGUUUGUGUUGACCUAGUUGCUAUGGUUACGACGCCAAACUCGUGCGGCGGUAGCUACCAAGUUAGCAUGACACUUUCCUAACUUUUUUCCGUUUCAUUUGAAGAAAAUACUAAGUGACGCCCACAGUUUAAGAGUAUGUUGACUCAACUUCCAGAAGAGGAGGAGGAGGUUCCUGAGCCGCAGCUAAGCUUUGUCUUUGGGAACAGUGCUGUCAGACCACAGACCCCCCACAUUCUGCCUGAGGAUGCUCAGCCAAAGGAGCUCACUGAAUAUUAUUCAUCAGAGACUCUGUGUCUGAGCAGAACUGAGCUGAAGCAUGUUGCAGACAGUAUUUUGAAAAAUAGCACACUAAAGCAUUUAUAUCUUGAAGGCAAUCAGAUAUGCAGUCUCCCAGAUUCAAUGUUCACCAGCUUGCCCAGCCUGCUGUGGCUAGACCUCAGAAAUAACCAAAUUACAUCGCUCCCUGCUGAAAUUGGCUUGCACAGAUCUCUGAAAACAUUACUACUAGAAGGGAAUCCCAUCUCAAAGCUUCCACCAGAGCUGGGAAAUGUGAUUAGCCUCAAAGGCCUGAACCUGCGGAACUGCCCCAUCAGUUUCCCUCCACAUGACAUUGUGCGCCAGGGGCUCCAGUGCAUCCUCCAGUACCUAAGGAGUGCUAUGGCUAAGCGACCAGUUAGCAUGAGGAAGACCCCUCCAGGUGAAAGGCACCUUAACUUUGAACAACGCAGCAGCAAAGACUUGCCAGUGGUUGAGAAGCUCCAGCUGUCAGCGCUGGUGGCGACGAGUGUGGAGGAGCAGGACGAGUCAGUGGACGAGGACGAUCUGCAGAGGUUCAGGGAACUCAAACACAAGAUGAUGCUCCUGGACAAAGCAGAGCUGGGCUCAAUAGCUCAGGGUGAUGGAAACCCAAAGUCGUGCCUUCUUCCUAUUACUAAACGAAAAAAGGCGACUACCAAGGCCAGCAUAAUUCCCGAGCUCCGCUUGUUUGACACUCAGCAGUGGAAGAGACCAGAGGAAAGGAGACAGGCCGCAAUGAAAGAGCUGAAAGAGAAACAAGCUAUUCUCGAUCAGAGAAAAAAAAGUCAAGAGGCUCUACGUAAGUGGCGCAUACAAGCCAAGAGCACACAGGACAAGAAAAUGUUGGAGAACAACCAGAAGAAGCAAGAAAGACAAAGAAAACAGGAGGAAGCAGAAACAGAUUUAGAACCGAAUGUGGGGGACAGCAGUGAGGGUCCUCCAAGGCAAAUGUCCAGCAUGUCCAUCACAGAGUGUGAGGAGACCAGAUCAGCCCGCAGGCUGGAGCGACAGAUCCGUGCCCAUGUUGAGAAGAUGCAGGAGAGACGCAGGAAUCCCAAGGGCACGGCCACCGAGCGGAUUGCAGCAGCAGAUCAAGAUGUGGAAGAGCUGAGGAAAUUACAGACUCAGCUUCUAGAGAAGAGACGGGGAAGAGAUGUUGAAAACUGCUUCACUAUCUUCACUGGAGGCACCUGGCCGAGUUACCUUGGCAAGUGAUGUGGAUCAAACAUUCUGCUAUUUGAGUUUUGCAAUACUGAAUUCAUGCUCAAGACUUUAUGAAUGGCUAUUGUUAUGCUCAUAUCUUAAAAAUAAAGAUCUCAAUUCUGUUACUGGUCAA